ACCACCUCGACUCUACUCACGUUCGUCCUAGCCAUGUCAAUGCACCCUGAAUUACAGAAAAGAGCUCAGGAAGAACUAGAUGGCAUCGUUGGUCAGGAUCGAUUGCCAGAGAUGGAGGAUCAAGACGCCCUCCCAUUCAUCACUGCAAUCAUGAAAGAAUGUCUCCGGUGGAGGCCUGUAUUGCCGUUAGGGGUUGCUCACCAAUCUCUGGCAGACGACGAGUAUAAAGGGUUUUAUAUUCCUGCUGGAUCGGUUAUCAUCGGUAAUACAUGGGCUAUCUUGCAUGACGCGGAACGAUAUCCAGACCCAGAUACCUUUAAUCCUUACCGGUUUGUCGAUAGAGAAGGCAGAUUGCAAAAAGACGCCUUCGAUCCUAUGGAGGCAUUCGGCUAUGGACGAAGAAUGUGCCCUGGACGGUAUUUCGCUUUGGACUUUAUGUGGUUAGCAAUGGCGAAUAUCCUAGCGGUCUUCUCCAUCCAGAAGCCUGUCGAUGAGCUGGGGAACGUCAUCGAACCUUCUGGGGUGUAUACGACGGGUUUGUUCAGGUAUACUCGGUGUUUCUGCUUAUGCAUACAUACUGAUAAUCCUGUAGUUUUCCUGCCCCUUUCAGAGCCGCCUUCAAGCUGCGAGGAAACCGUGACAUCCCUGCAUAAUGCGAUGGAGAAAUAG